GUGAGGAUGCUGGUCUUUGGUUGUACUUAGCUAAACAGUGGUUUAACAACCACCCUACUAGGGAAGAGCGGAAGGCACAGUUAGCCUCCUUUUACUUGGAGGGUGAUGCCCUGCAGUGGUGGGAGUGGAUGGAGAGAUCAUAUACGAAAGCCCAGACGCUAAUCACUUGGCCAAUGUUUAAGGAGGAGCUGUGGUAUCAGUUUGGGAAAUCGGAAGGAUGGGCUCCGGAGAAGUUGGCCAAGCUGCGACAGACAGGGACGGUAGCAGAGUAUAGGGUUGAGUUCUUCAAACUGGGUAAUCAAUGCAAGGGCAUCCCAGAAGGGACGUUGGUAGGCCUAUCCAUGGCGGGACUCCGCCCAGAGAUUGCGGCAGUAGUUCAGGUGUUUGAACCCGAUUCACUGCGAACUGCUUUUCGUCUUGCAGGUAACAAGGAGGAGGAAUUGGCGAGCUGGCGGGGAGUGAGAGGCCGAUAUCAGAAGCCUAGUGGAGGUGGCAGUGGGCUGAGUGGUAGACCAGUGGUCUCGGCGGGGCCCGAGUACGAGAGUAGGCGCGACGACUGGGCCAGCCACAGUGGCUAUCCGAUCUGGGCCGAGGGCACCGCCCAAAGGAUUUACUAGAUUGUCCCCUGCAGAGAUCAAGUAGAAGAAGCGAGAAGGGAAGUGCUUUAAUUGUGACGAGAGGUUCACUUUAGGCCACAAGUGCGGGAAGCUUGAUCUAAUGUUCCUGGUGGGUCGCUGGGAAGAUGAGGGCGAAGACGAAGCCGCCGAUGAUCACAUGUUGGCUCAAGAAUAGCUUCAACCUUCAGGACAAGGUUGUUCUCAAGGAGGCGGAGAUUUUAGAAACAUAAUUAUUUUUCAUUUCUUCGGUUUCAGAUUAUUUAUCAUUGUUUUGCAAAUUAGUACUAUUUGGGGAAUUUGGGAAUAAGUUGGGGAUUAUUUG